GUCCCAUGUACGGCGACCUCGAGAACGCUAAGCCGCCGAUACACGCGCGUGCACAUACAUUGUACGGUGCGUGGGUGUUGUCGAGGCGCGUCCUUGUAACGAUGGGGGUGUGUCGCGGGCGCACCCCUAGCAGACAUUGGGAUUACAGCUGAGGCAUAGCUCGCGUCCGAGUGUUAAUCUGGGUCGUGGCGGUGGUUCGGGUAGCGCGAGAAUAUUUUAAGGGCGAAUAAUUCGCUCGGAGUGGCGAUGGGCAACAAAAUCGUGACCUUUUCGGAGGAGCAGCUCGAGGACUACCAGGACUGCACGUACUUUACGAGGAAGGAGAUACUGAGGCUGCAGAAGCGCUUCCGCGAGAUGUCCGAUCCCGGAAUGGUUCCACGCAGCAUGACAUCGCACGAGGCCUCGAAUUUACGGUUGCCGCUCAACUGCUUGGCCCGAAUACCCGAGCUCAAGGAAAAUCCGUUCAGGGAUCGGAUCGGCCAGGUGUUUACAAGGAAUGGCCUGGAGUCGGACCAAACCGAGGACGAGGUCGAGGGCAUCUGCUUCGAGGAUUUCCUCGAGAUGAUGUCCGUGUUCUCGGAGCAUGCGCCGCGCGACCUCAAAGUCUAUUAUGCCUUCAGGAUUUAUGAUUUUGACGAGGACGGACUCGUGGGCCUCGGUGAUUUAGAACACACGUGCCGGCAGCUGGUGCGUGGCGGGCUCACCGACGAUGAGAUCUCCACGGUGUGUCAGAAGGUGCUCGAGGAAAGCGACAUCGACGGUGACGGGGCUUUGUCUUACCUAGAAUUCGAGCACGUCGUAACCAGAGCCGCUGACUUCUUAUCCACCUUUCACAUACGCAUGUAAUUCAUCAUUGCGAGCGCCGCUUCCUUCUAAUCAUAUUAAAUGACUUGUAUAAAGUAAAAUAUUAUAAUGGUACUCGUGGAGGCAUUUAAGAACAAUACAUGUAUCUCGAAACAUA